AUGCAAGGAAAUAUUCCAAGUACACUUUGCAAACUUCCAUACCUUGAUAGUCUAUAUUUGUCUAUCAGUAGUUGGGGAGGUCUAAUUCCAGAAUGUUUCGGAAAUAUAACCUCAAUAAGAUAUCUUCAUCUCUACUCAAGCAUACUGAAAGGAAGUAUUCCAGGAUCACUAUGCAAUCUUCUUUCCCUUCAGGAUAUAGAUUUAUCAGAUAAUAAUUUGGAAGGCUUGAUCCCAUGGUGCCUUGGGAAUAUAUCCUCACUAAGAUAUAUUGAUCUUAGCUCCAACAAGUUGGAAGGAAGUAUUCCAGGAUCACUAUGCAAUCUUCAACCAUCCCUUGAAGUGCUCAUUUUAUCUAACAACAGUUUGCAUGGCCCAAUUCCUCAAUGCUUGGGAAAGUUGAAAUUUUUGACAACUUUAAUUGUUUUUAAAAACCAGCUUGGAGGAAAGUUAGCUCCAACUCCAGCUCCAGCAAUUAGUAAUGACACAGAUCAGACAAGUUUGAUUUAUGGAAUUGAGACAUGGUUGUGCAGUUUGAGGUCCUUGCAAUUUCUUGAUCUAUCAGACAACAAUUUACAUGGUCCGCUACCUCAGUGUUUAGUGAACUUCAGCAAGGAACUUACUGUUAUUAAUUUAGCAAGAAAUCAUUUUCAGGGGUUUAUCCCAGGAGUUUUCAUAAACGGAAACAUCUUGGAGUAUUUGAAUUUGAAUGACAAUCAAUUGGGAGGGCCAUUGCCUCGAGGCUUGAGAAAUUGCAACAAUCUUAAAUUUCUAGAUCUUGGAAACAACAAGUUACGUGAUUCAUUCCCUCAUUGGUUGGGUGCUCUUUCUAAUUUGCGUGUUUUUGUGUUGAGAUCUAAUCAUUUUUAUGGUGAAACAUGCACUUCUAACACUACAUUUCCAUUCCCAAAGCUGCAUAUAUUUGAUAUCUCACACAAUGAGUUCAAUGGUCCUUUACCAAGGUAUUAUAUGGAGAACUUUGAAGCCAUGCAGAGGGAAAAUGAUGAUGAAAGGCUGUCAUUUUAUGAAGCUUCAAUAAGCCUUGUGUGGAAAGGGGUGGAGCUUCAAGUGGUGCAUUAUAAUAUCUGCACAUCCCUUGAUUUAUCCCGUAACUACUUCCAUGGUGAGAUUCCAAAAUCUUUGGGAAGGUUAGUUCUAAUUCGGUUUCUCAAUUUGUCACACAAUCAGCUCACUGGUUAUAUCCCACCAUCAUUGGGAAAUUUGACGAUUCUUGAGGCACUCGAUCUAUCAUCGAACAAACUAGUGGGCGAGAUUCCAGAACAACUUUCAAAAUCCUUGACAUUUCUCGCUGUACUAAAUCUUUCUUAUAAUAAUCUUUCUGGUCCUAUACCUAAUGGCCCACAGUUUGACACCUUUGACAACAAUUCCUAUAUAGGAAACACGGCUCUGUGUGGAUUUCCACUAACGUUGAAAUGCCAGGACAGAGGUGAUGGGAAAGCACCAGUUGCAGAGGAUUCUCAAAAUCUUCGGAGUGGAUUUGGUUGGCGAAGUGUUGUUAUUGGAUACAGUUGUGGCAUGCCAUUUGGUAUAUUCAUAGGAUAUCUCAUAUUCAAGUAUGGAAAACCACGGUGGCUUAUAAGGUGUGUGAUUGUUGCAGUGUUUGGUUUGUAA